GAAUACUUUGAUAGUGUGGCAUCAUUAAUAGUGAAUAUUCGCUGCAAAAUUACCGUAACAUUAACAUGGCCAACACUCCAGCUACAUCCAGCAGCGCCGGACCCGUCCUGCGUGGUCUGCACAAUGCGACCAUCAAGCGCAAUCUGGCCGUAGCACUUGGAUUAACUGCAGUUAUUACAGUUGCUUUCAAGAUCCUGGUUAACGACCCAAAGAAAGCUGCCUAUGCUGAGUUCUACCAGAAAUAUGACGCCAACAAGUCCUUCGAGCGCAUGAAGGCCGCCGGUCGUUUCCAGUCGUGCUAAACGAUCUCUAGGUCUAGCAGAUAUAGUAUAAGACAUGAAAAUGUUGCUAUAAAGUAUGUUACUCUAAUGUGUUGAAACCCAAAUAGAUUUCAAUUCAUAUGUG